AUCAGGUUAAAUCUUCCUUACAAUAUCUAUUCGAAAAGAAGUUAGAGUUCGAGGACAUGGAGCAGCUGCAGAAAGGGAAGAUUUCCGGAGUUCGGGAACAGUCACGCAAUCACCAGUCCUUCAUCGCAUCCCAGUUUGUUGAACUGCGCCAGAUUCUCACCGAAAAAGAGCAGCGCUUUCUCCGUGAUCUGCGGGAAGACGAGGAGAGGAUUCUAAAUCAUAUGGAGGAAAAUCUUCGAAUGAUUCAAGAAAAUUUAAAUUCAAUUCAGGAGGAGCUCUCCCGAUUACAGGAACAGGCGGAUCAAACAGACAGCCUGUUAUUUCUGGAGGAGGAAGCUGACUGUAAGAGGAGGGUUAGAGAUGAUGACUGGCCAUUGUCAGUGAGAGAUGAUCCCAUACCGUUUGAGAAUUUCAACCAUCUCUUUCUGUUGAAGACAGUUUUGAAGGAAAUGUUUGACUCCAUCAAGCAAGUCUCCGUCACCCUGGAUGUGGAAACAGCGAGUCCGCGGCUCGAGGUGUCUGAGGAUCGGAAGAGGGUGAGAUGGACCGAGACCCGGAGGGGUCUCCCUGACACCGGGAAGAGGUUUACAGACAAUGACUGUGUGCUGGGAUCGGAGGGAUUCACAUCAGGGAGAUAUUACUGGGAGGUGGAGGCGGGGAGUCGGUACUGGAGUCUGGGAGUCGCCGCAGAGUCUGUGGAGAGGAAGGGAUGGGUCACACCGACCCCGGAGACUGGAGUCUGGAGCAUCUGGAUGGAUGGUGAUGAGCUUCAUGCAGUCACCUCCCCUCCAUCCCCUCUCCCCGCCCGUCCCUUCCCCAGGAGGGUGGGAGUUUAUCUCAGUUACGAGUCCGGGACAGUUUCAUUUUACGACGCGGCCACCAAGUCCCAUCUCCACACCUUCACCGGGAAUAAAUUCACGGAGAAACUAUAUCCUUUCUUUGGACUUUGGGAUGAAGACCAGUGGCUGAGAAUCUGCUCCGGUUCCGCUCCGGACUCGCGGUACUGCAAGGGGGCGAGUAGAACCACGUCAGUGAAAAACAGUUUGAACCAGGAAGUGGAGGAGGAAAAAAUGGCUGCGAAAGACAGGUUCGAGAGUUGGACCGAGGAGGCAGUUUGUCCCAUCUGCCUGGAUUUCUUCACCGAUCCGGUGUCACUGGAGUGCGGGCACAACUUCUGCCGCUCCUGUAUCACACAGAGUUGGGACAGGGAAGGGAAAAACUCCUGCCCGGAAUGUAGAGAGGAAUUUACAGACCGCACCCUCAGGGUGAAUCGGGCCUUGGUUAGACUGUCUGAGAAAGCUCGAGCACUGAGCCUGAAUCAGACAGAGAAGGAAAAUAAACUUCAGUGCGAGGAUCAUCAGGAAGAACUGAAGCUGUUUUGUGAAACAGACAAGAAACUGAUCUGCCUGAUCUGCCGAGACGCGCGGGAACACAAGACUCACAACUUCAUGCCGAUUAAUGAAGCUGUUGCAAUGUGCAAGGAUCAGGUUAAAUCUUCCUUACAAUCUCUCACCAAAAAGAAGUUAGAGUUCGAGGACGUGGAGCAGCUGCAGAAAGGGAAGAUUUCCCGAGUUCGGGAACAGUCACGCAAUCACCAGUCCUUCAUCGCAUCCCAGUUUGCUGAACUGCGCCAGUUUCUCACCGAUAAAGAGCAGCGCUUUCUCCGUGAUCUGCGGGAAGACGAGGAGAGGAUUCUAAAACAUAUGGAGGAAAAUCUUCGAAUGAUUCAAGAAAAGUUAAAUUCUAUUCAGGAGGAGCUCUCCCGAUUACAGGAACAGGCGGAUCAAACAGACAGCCUGUUAUUUCUGAAGGAGGAAGCUGACUGUAAGAGGAGGGUUAGAGAUGAUGACUGGCCAUUGUCAGUGAGAGAUGAUUCCAUACCGUUUGAGAAUUUCAACCAUCUCUUUCUGUUGAAGACAGUUUUGAAGGAAACCUUUGACUCCAUUAAGCAAGUCUCCGUCACCCUGGAUGAAAAAACGGCCCAUCCGCAGCUCGACGUGUCUGCGGAUCGGAAGAGCGUGAAAUGGAUCGGGUGCUGGCGAAAAUCCUAUGACAGCGGGAAGAGAUUUAUGCAAAAACUGUGCAUCGUGGGAUCGGAGGGAUUCACAUCAGGGAGAUAUUACUGGGAGGUGGAGUUUGGGGAUAAUCGUGGGUGUAGUCUGGGUGUCGCCGCAGAGUCUGUAGACAAGAAUGGUGUGGGCGAUCUGACCCCGGAGGCUGGAGUUUGGAGCAUCCAGCGGCAGGAUGACAAGUUUGUUGCACUCACCUCCUCUCCAUCCCCUCUCCCCGCCCGUCCCAUCCCCGGGAGGGUGGGAGUUUAUCUCAGUUACGAGUCCGGGACAGUUUCAUUUUACGACGCGGACACCAAGUCCCAUCUCCACACCUUCACUGGGAAUAAAUUCACGGAGAAACUUUAUCCUUACUUCGGGACUUGGCAUGUAAACCAAUGGCUGAGAAUCGGCUCCGGUUCCGCUCCGGGUGUGUAAAAGGGUCGGGUCCCGGGACCGGCGUCAGGAGCGGGGCUCAGGGGCUGUGGGGCAGAAACCCGGUGGACAACAGGUCGGCGCUGAACGAACGGCUCCCAUUUAAUCCCAAAAUUCCGCAACGUUUCAACGCCUGAGCGCGGAAAUAAAACCAGGGGGAAUGUAAAUGUGGAAAGAGUGAAAACAAAUAAGAAUUGUAUUGUUCUGUUUUGGGCUUAUGACAAUAAAACACUUUUGACUCUC